AUGGGACGAGCAUCUGCUGUCAACUUACUUGACAUUGCUCGAUGUUAUGCCACAAUGAAGAAGGGUGCUCAGGCUAAAAAGUACUUGGACGAAUGCCUCGCAUCUAUCGACGAAGGACGUGAAAUAGAACAGCUUCGAAGAACUGCCAUAGUUCAGCAGCAUCGAUCUGAGCUAGCCCGAAAACUCUUCACAUUAAACCAAUACUGA